AUGAGUAGGAAAGCAAGAAGAAGUAGAAAAGAAAAGGAUCACAGUGAGUUGGAUACCAAAGAGCCCUCAAGCAAGAGACAACCCUUGGACCAAUCUGUUCAAAUGAAAGAGAAUGAUUUGCAGCCAAAACCAACCUGUAUUCUAGGCGACUUCAAAAAGAUAUACAAAAAUACAGAAAUUGAAGACAUUAUUCUACGGGCAUUAAAGGAAAUUAGUAUGAGUAGCAAACAAGCCUGUAUGGAUCAGAUUGCUAAGUAUAUAUACCAAGGAGAAUAUGAACCUAGCUUGUCUGAUGAAGAUUUUUCGAGAAAAAUCAACUCGACUCUCAAAGAGGAAUUCAAGAAGAACAAGUUGAAACCUGAUAGAAUCUGGAAUAUCUUUCUUCAGAUGUAUAUGUACUACUCAAACCUAAAAUUUGGAGAGUUGAUCUUUGAUGGUUACUUAAUUAUAGAGUUUAUGUACCAAUACCUUAAAGAUAACUGCUCAAGUGCAAGAUAUUUACAUCAAGGUUUAAAUAUUCUCCAUGUUGUUGUUAAUAAAAUUGACCAGCGAGAAUUCACUUUAUACAACGGGUUUGAAGAAUGUUUAAUUUUUGUUAAUCUGUAUGAUCACUUACCAAAAAUCCCCCAGUUUGUGUGUGUAAACGGGGCUCGUCAAGCCCUAGCGUCAAUAAAGGGGCCUUGCGGUUUAUCCGAAACAGAUAAUAAUUCGAGCUAUUUCAUUUCUUCCAUAAUGAUACUUUACCUAGAAUUUGUCAGACGGACAAAGCAAACGAACGGAAAGAAAAGUAGAAAAAUGUUCCUUUAUUUACUAAGUGAUGAAAAGAAGAAAGUAUAUGGCUCAUUAAUUAAUUCUAUCUUUUAUAGUGAAAAAUGA